AUGGAAGAUUUAAUCUCAGUCAAUUUUGAUUACCAAGCAAAAGGAUCCGAUUUUCAAUUAGGCAUGCAAAUAGACUACCCAUCCCCAGAUAUUUAUGAAAAUACGACUCCAUGUCAAAUGACAGUUGAUUUUUAAAUAGUGUAUUUUUCAUCGAAAUAAAUUUGGUCGAAAAUGUUUAAAUAUUGUAGCACAUGGUCGAAAUUUAAUGUUUUUUUCAGUUAAAUGUCUCACUAUCAAAAAGUAUCAACCAAUUUUCGACCAAAAGUACUUCAGUGAAAUGUAACUAUCAAAAAUGCACUAUCAUUGAGUAUAUACCCGAAAAUACAGCAUAUAAGCCUCACAGCAACCAAUCUUCUGCAUCUCCUAUACCAAGUAUCGAUUUAAACCAAAAAUUACUCGAAAUGGUUACUCAGCAAUCAGCUUUUCAGCAGCAAAUCAUAAAGCUUCAAGCUGAUUUAUUGCAGAUUGAAAAAGAAAGCGCAAGCAAAGACGCAGAAAUCAAAAAGUUAAAUAAGCAAGCGAAACAGUUUCAGAUUCAGAUCGAAGAAAAAACUAAAAAUCUGCAAGAGCUUACUAUCGAUUAUCAAGAAAAAUUCAGAAAUUUUGAAGCUGAAAAUCAAGAACUCCAAUCAGCUAAUUUAGAUCUAGAACAAAAAAUCGCAUCAUUGUCAGCCGCAUUAGAACAAAAAACUGCUCAAUAUGUAAAAUUACAAAAUGCUUAUAAAGAAAGAGAAAAACGAAGAAGCACUGCUGAAGUCAUGCUAGAUCAGCAGGAAACAAACAAUAAAGACUUGAUCCAGAAAAAUGUGAUAUUAGAGAAGCAAGUCCAAGAUCUAGAAAAAAAGAAUAAUGAAAACAACAGAAUUAUUAUGAAACUGAGAGCUGACAUUCAAUCCACAGAUGAAAUUAUGGGACAAAGAGACUCACAAGUAAAGAAAGUUUUAAAUAAAAUUAAACAGCAAGAAAGUGAGAUUGUAAAAUUAAGAGAAGAAAAUAAGAAAAAAGAUGACACUAUCUCUAAUCUACAAAUAAAAGUCGACUUUUUAGAAAAACACCUUGAGGAGACCAAAACGGUUUAUAAAGAAAGAGAUAUGAAAAAAGCCUUACAACAGAUAUCUGCAAAAGACAGCGAGUUAAAACUUAUGAAAGAAAUGGCUAAAAAUUGGCAGCUUCAAUUUAAAAAAGCAGCUGAUUCUGGAAAAAGCAAAAAGCCUGUAAAACUGCCUCCAAUUGCGAUCGAAGAAAAAUCUAUUGAAAAACCAUCAGAUAAAAAAUUAAGGUUCAGAGAGAAUUUAAGAGCUAAAAAUUUCAGAAAACCUGACGAAUCGAAAUCAGCUGAAUCAAAUAUUAUUUCAGCUCCGGGGGAGUCAGAGACAUCUCCACACAAGCAGGUAAGAAAAGGAACCCCAAAGCCUAAAGUUCAAAAAACUUCACCUGAUAGUGCUCUUAACAGUGUAGCCUCAUCAAUAAAAGGAUUUCCUGAAAUAGAAAGGAUCGAGGUGAAAAGUGACGCAUCAAGUGGCUUUGAAUUUGCUUUUAGAGGUAAAAGCGAUGAUAAAUUUAAUGAAGAUUUUGGAAGCCCGAACUAUGAUAAAGAUAUUAAUUUUCGAAAUAUUGAUAGCCCCGAAGCUGAUUAUAAAUCAGUGUCUUCCCCAGAAUUUGAAGUAUAACGCCUCAUAUUAAUUCGGAGCUGAAAUAUAUUAAAUAAAUAAAUCUGCAGCUUGGUGUGUAUAUCGAAAUAAUUCAAUUAUAUUAUGUAUAGUUAAAAGCGCGAAAAUUAAUAUUGAAAAAAUUGAUCCAAGGAAUCAAAUAAUAAAAAUUGCGUGGCGAACCAACCUGCCCUUUUGACAACUGUUGCCAGACGAGAGUCUGGGGACCUUGGGGAAGGGAGAGCAGCGUCUGGUAUGUUUAUCCGUCCGGGCUUUACUUGGUCUAGUGGAGCGCAAUCUUGGGUUGGCCGGUUGCAGGCUCACAUCCAGGGCAAGGUUUUACCACAGGAGGAUUGAACUUGGAAGUUGGAAAGGGACCACCAACAAAGUAGAGGGCAUUCGCUUGGUCAAUCAGGUAUUUUCCCAGCGCGAUACCGAGAGUAACGCCCUGAGCUACAAGCUUCAUCUGGGUCGAUAGCCUGACUAGAAAAUUCACUUUUUUAAUUUUCAGAGAAGGUAGCUUGUCGACCCACUGCACUGUGACCCCAUUGUCAUUACCUCAGGGUGCAAGUGCAAACCCUUGCCGGAGGGAGCAACACAUUUGUAAUCAUACUGGCAACCAAGGAGAUGAUGAAGCAAGGGAUAUGGAAAGCCAUUAGUUGGAUUGCCGGGAGUUCCUCCAUAAUAAUAUAAUGAAUGAAUGAAUGAAUGAUCCAAGGAGCCAAGGAUAUAUAAAUAACACUGAAGAAGCACCACAAGAAAAAGAAUUUGUUGAAAAUUAUCGCGAAGAAUAUAUACCAGUGAACGAAUCACCAAAUUUUCGAGGUGAAGAAGAAGUCAACCAAGAAGAGAAUUAUCCUGAGCCAUCAUACCCAGAAACCACUUAUCCUGCAGAAGAGCCUCAAAAAAUUAGCCCAGAUCCUCCUGCAGAUGUAGCUGAAACUCAGCAAAUUAAAAGUAACGAAAUUUCUAACUCCCCUCUGUGAGCGAACAAAAAGUUUUUUUCGCCUACAGAGGGAUUAUUGUUUUUUUUAAAAAAUAUAUAGAAAUUUAUAGUAAAUUUUUUUUUUCAAAAUCGUAAAAAUAGGAAACCAAAUAUUUAUUUAAUUUGCAAAAUUAAACAGAAUUAGCCUAGAGAUUUCAUUAUACUAAUUAUCAGUUAUGCAUCUUUUUUUUUUAUAAAAAAAGUUUUGUUCGCUUACGGAGGGUGGGUUUUUGAGCAAAAAAUAAGGAUUUUUCCAAUGGUUUUGUUCGCUCACAGAGAGGAUAGAGAGGAGGGGGAUUAAGCAGCCAGAGCAAUUAGAGGAAAACCCUAAUUGGGGUGAAGAUUUAGAAGAUGUUGAUUAUUUUUCUAGAGAUAAGCAUGAAGAAGCUCCUGAAAACCCAAGAGAUCAAUAUGAACCUGAAUUGCAACAGCCAAUUAUAGCUAAAAAAGAGUCCAUUAGAAACCCUCCAAGCGAGAGAAUAGUAGAAACUGAGCCUUCCUCUCAAACUCAGAAAACCCAAUUAAAAAGUGAGAGAGUAGUAGAAGCUGAGCCUGCCCCUCAAACUCAGAAAACCCAAUUAAAUAGCCAAGCGACACAGCAAGAAGAAAUUGAAGCAGAAGUGCUAAAUGAAGAAGAAAUACCCAACGAAGAACCUGAAGGUACCUCUGAAGAAGAAGGUGAAGAAGUUGGAGACGUUGAUUUGGAAGAUCUAGAAGAAGAUUUUUAA